AUGUUUGCAUCUCAAAAAUAUAUAAUUAUAUUCCACGACAAACUAUCAACUCCUAAAGACAAACUCAUAACUGCAGUCCGAACCAAACUUACAGCAUUCAGCGGACCAUUGUCAUCUCGUGCUAAAGAUUCUUUAUCAAGUUUAGAUAAAAAGUGGUACCAUCUCUCCGAUGAUAGCAAACAAGGAGCGCUAGAUACAUUAGGUGUCAUAUCCUCAAACAUCGAAGUGUUUGGCAAUGCUGGCGAAGACCCUGUUGGUGCAAUAAGAGGAGCGAUUGACAUCGUUGCCUCAAUAGCCAGUAACUUUGGACCAAAAGGCCAGCUUGCAAGUGUGGCUCUAGGCUUUGUCUCUGCUCUACUUGGCUUAUUUGGUAAAGGACCGGAACCGAAGCCUUUGGCUCAAGUUGUCAGAGAGCAGAUAGAUGAGGCUCUGGCGGAAUAUCGCGAGGAGGARCUAGUUAGAAAAAAAGAUGGYUUGAUAUYMGCAUUUCAACWMACUAAAGCGUACCUAGACGGAGCUUCAGAGUCGGGUAAACCCUUAAGUAMAGAGGAAGUGCCUSUGGCWACAAMUGAAAUGSRAAGAUCACAAGGUGUGGCGUUUAUGGGAGAACUUGCCAGUGAAGUACGUAAGAUGUUCCGCGACAACAAAGUUUCCGAUGCAAGAAAAGCCAUUAGAUAUUGUGAGAUGUACGCACAGCUAGCGGUAUUCCGUGACAUCAUCCUGACACAGUAUAUUGGCAUGUUACCGACCACUGAAACUUGGCAAAAUCACCUMAAUGGUGUAAUAUCCGAUCGAGCUUUGUUUAGAAGAUUAUCAGCAGCGUUACUCGGCAAGCUCUACACAGUCGACUACGAUAGCAAGAUCAUUCCUUAUUUUGAUCCAGAUGUCAGCGUCAUAACAGAUGCUUUCUCAACAAAGAUGUUGAAUUUGGGUAAAUACGAUCGUUCUUUGGCUGGCCUGCAUUGCCUUAUGACCCCAGGGAGAAGUGGCCUAGAAGAUCUGAUAUGGAAAGAUGGGAAGAUUAAGGAUUUCAAUCCUGGCGGUAAUCCUUAA